UCUCCACAUUCUCUGGCUGGCGAUUAAAUUACAGUAAGCUUUUCUGUUGAUGAAAUAAAUGAAGGGAUAUUUUUUCUGUAUUUCGUAGCCAUCAAGACGAUGAUUUAUAUUCUAGAUGAAACGUACUUCUAUGCUAGAGCAGUGACGUCAUUGACUAGACCCCCCUCCUCUUCUUACGGCUUUAACUUCCAAGAUAUAAUUUCCAACAACGGUCACGUUUACAAUUCCAGAAACGGCACGUUCGUCUGUCCAGAGUCUGGUUUGUAUGUUUUUGCUUUCUCUGUGGAGACCCAGCGGCGGGAUUUCAUGGUUUACAUUUACCGAAACGGACACAAGUUUAAUGACAUUGGAGUGUGGCCAGAUUCCUCGUCAGGGUCCAACAAGGACACCUCCUCCACCCUACAGGUUUUCCCCCUGACCCGCGGGGACAGAGUGUAUCUUUAUGCGACUGAUACUGAUAGCAUUAUAGAACCUAAACAGUCAUCAUUUUCUGGAUGGCGCAUUGGUUCAAUGACUUCCCGCUCAGCUUUUAUGGCUAUGGCACCAUUAUCUACAUCCUCUUCUCCUGUCUACUUCAGUACGGAAUACCUGGACACAUCCGACUCGUUCUUCAUUGAUAGAUUUCAAGCCAACAAAGAUGGCGUUUAUUUAUUCUUCUGGAAUAUGGAAGCUGGCGAUAGACUUCUGAAGUCCUGGCUGCAGGUUAAUGGUGAAACUGUAGGACAAACGAUCUCUGAUGGACGAAAUUUAGGCUAUGAUAGCGGUUCCAAUCUCACCAUUUUGCGCCUGCGCAAGAAGGAUGUCGUUACUGUAAGACAGGAUUCAAGAGCUGUCGGAGACCAGACAAUGAUAUCUGGGUAUUUUAUGUUCUCGUGAAUUUCUUUUCGGUUUGUUGACUCAUUCUACAUGUAAUCUUUCAUCUUAAUUUUUGCCAAAUGUGAUAAUCCAAAAAUUAAACAUUUUUCAUUACAUGGACA